GCGACAUCUCGCUUUCCGUGUUUCCCUCUUUACUUACGUGUUCUACAAUGGUCGUCAACAUCUAAAAAAAAUCAGAAACAGGCCAAACAAGUGGGGAACGCACCUGUGUAUGUUAGUCGAGGAUUGUCGUGGAUUGUCGUGAAUCAAAACUCAAGAAUAGAUCACGAAAGGAUCAGAAGAGAAAGUAGCAACGCGACAAAGGAGAAAACGCAUUCGUACGAAAGAGCAGCGACGAACUAAUAGACAUUUACUCUUGUAUUGACGUUUCAUUCUCUGCGAUCGAAAAGAUGCCUAACAUAAAGCUACAAAGCUCUGAUGGUGAGGUAUUUGAGGUUGAUGUUGAGAUAGCAAAGUGUUCUGUCACUAUCAAGACUAUGUUGGAAGAUCUUGGUAUGGAUGAAGAUGAGGAAGAAGUUGUACCAUUGCCGAAAGUAAAUUCUGCAAUAUUAAGAAAGGUGAUACAAUGGGCUACAUAUCAUAAGGAUGACCCACCACCACCAGAAGAUGAUGAGAACAAGGAGAAGCGUACUGAUGAUAUCAGCUCUUGGGAUGCAGAUUUCUUGAAAGUGGAUCAAGGAACUCUCUUUGAAUUGAUUUUGGCAGCUAAUUAUCUUGAUAUAAAAGGUCUUUUGGAUGUUACGUGCAAAACUGUUGCUAAUAUGAUCAAAGGCAAGACACCUGAAGAGAUUCGCAAAACAUUCAAUAUCAAGAACGACUUUACAGCUUCUGAAGAGGAACAAGUACGCAAGGAGAAUGAAUGGUGCGAGGAAAAAUAAAUAGAAUCGCGAUUUUUUACAGUUGCGAAUAACUUUUCAAUGUUAAAUAAUUCAUUGCGUUACUAGAUGUCGGACUUAACCAGAGCUCCGUUACUUUAAGAAAUUUUUGUGUAAAAAUUUGUGUUUUGAAGACGAAAUCUUAAUUGACUAUAGUCAAAAUCAAACAUUGUAUGAAUAUCACAUAGGUCCAUUGUUAUUUAUUUCAACU